AUGGACGUGCUCAAUGUAAAUGAAAAAAUCUUUAUCGAUAAUUCCAUAGUUCAUACUGAGUUCCAUUCUUACGAACCAUAUUUGCCUACGAAAUUGGGCAACAACGAUGAAAUUAUAAUUCCAAUCCAUGAAAUCGAUAAAUAUACUCUUCCAUGUGAUAGUUAUCUGUACAUUGAAGGAAAACUAACAAAAUCCGACGGAACAAUUUCAACAACAGCUCAUUUAAUAAACAAUGGAAUAGCUUUCCUCUUUAGAGAGUUAAGAUAUCAAUUAAAUGGAGUAACAAUAGAUUUUGUGAGAGACGUGGGUCUAACCUCAACCCUAAAAGCCUAUCUAUCCUACAAUACAAACGAGUGUACAAGAUUAAAAAAUGCUGGUUGGAAUCCACUUGAAAGUAAUAAUAAAUCAUUAGUGAAUAUUAAGCAUGGAUCAUUUAACGUUUGUAUUCCUUUAAAGUUCCUCAUGGGAUUUUUUGAGGAUUAUAAAAAAAUUAUCUUGAAUUGCAAACAAGAGCUGAUAUUAAUUAGAGACAAUUCUGAUACUAAUGCCAUUAUAACAACCGAUAAAAAUGAAACAGUAAAAAUAAUUUUAGACAAGUUAACGUGGAAUAUGCCUCACGUAUCUGUAGGAAUUCCUCAAGAAUUGUCACUUACAAAACUAAUUGAUCGCAAUACUGAUAUUGUUAUGGCAUUUAGAAGUUGGGAGUUAGUAGAAUAUCCAGAACUUUUGAAAACAAACCGACAUAAUUGGUCCGUUAAAACAUCUACAAAAGUUGAAACACCCAGACACAUAAUUCUAGCAUUUCAAAUUUCGAAAAGAGAUGAAAAAACGGAAGAUAUGAGCCAGUUUAACGAUAUUGGGCUGAGAAAUGUAAAAGUUUUCCUAAAUGCCGAACGCUACCCAUAUAACGAUCUAAAUUUAGAUAUGGAGAAUGAUAAAUUUGCCGUCUUGUAUGACAUGUAUUCGCAAUUUCAGUCAGCCUAUUACGGUACAAAACCCGAACCGGUUUUUGAUCCGGCAAAUUUUCAUAAACUCGCUCCCAUUGUCUAUAUUAACUGUUUAUAUCAAAAGGACUUUUUACAAGCGGGCGCCCCAGUUGUCAUGAGAGUGGAAUUUGAUUUGAAAAAGGACCUAGACAAGAAUACAUCAGCGUACUGUCUCAUCUUACACGAUAAAAUUUUCAGCUAUAAUCCCCUAACAAAAAUCGUAAAACAAUUAUAA